CUCAUACCACAACUAAAAAUGGCUGUUUCAUGUUGCAAUUCUCUCACUAUGUACAGCUACAGUACUGUUUUGCUGUUAUCGGUUCUCAUCGCUGUUUUUACGGGGUCAAACUGCUGCAUGCACAAGGCUGAUCCAUGUCCGUGCAAGGAUCAGACACUUUGUAAUUUCAUCACGAAAACUCCGCAGAAAGAGCUCUUCGUUUUUCAAGUCUCAGACGUGAACUGGAUGGAAUAUGACUGGUCUUACAUAACAACUCUGGUAAACUUCGCUGCGUAUAACCCGGAUGAAAUGUGCUAUGCUCACUCCAAGGGUGCAAGAUAUAUCAGGGCCGUGGGCUACCCGCUAAACGAACUAUCCAACGUCACAUAUCGCAGCGUCUGGGUGAAACAGCAGGUCGAGUUGGCCACUAAACAAUACACGGAUGGCAUAAACAUCGACUUUGAGAAACCCCUCAGUCGGAGUAGGUCCGAGAUGCUUACUGCGUUGGUAAAUGAAACAGCCCAGGCAUUCCGUGCCGCAAAUCCCCAUGCACAGAUAACGAUUGAUGUCCCCCACGCCCCAUGUGGUUACGGUCGUUGCUACGACUACGUCAAGUUAGCUUCCAUAUGUGACUUUUUGGUCAUCAUGGACUACGACAUGGUGGGACCAUCCCAUGACGCCCAUUCUAAUGACGGCAUCAACUAUGUUAAACAGGGCUGGGAGGCAUUCUUAAAGGAAGGCAUUCCCGCCAGUAAAUUGGUUACUGCAGUGCCAUGGUAUGGCUACGACUUCCCCUGCACUCAUCUCCUAAAGGACAACAUAUGUUCUUAUAAUGCUCCACAAGAUGAAAAUGGCAUCGUGACAGCAAAUGACGUCAUGACAAAGAGAGGUGUGCAGAAGUACGGGUCGCGCGUCCAAGUUGUGUAUAAGCGUAUUACACAGCUAUUGAAGAAUUCUACGACCGGUCGAAUCUUCAAUGAAACGUAUGGGUCGCCAUUCUUCAAUCACUUGGUAUCGGGUCACAUUCACCAACUGUGGUACGACGACCCAGAAAGCCUGACGCUCCGCUACAACAACGCCAAAUCCUUCCAGCUCCGUGGCGUCUCAAUGUGGCAAGCGGAUUGCUUGGAUUAUUCGGACGACCCGGAAGCAAAAGCUCUUACAAAGGCAAUGUGGGAUGCUAUCAAAACCUUUUUCAUGUAAUAAUAAUUUAGCUUAUUGUUUCUUUGGUGUAUUACUCACUUAAUUUAAUCGGAUCCGGGUUGGAUUUCACAAAGAGUUUUAUGUCAGAAGACUAGUCUUAUCUCGAGUAAGGACGAGUUGCUCGUCCUCACUUAGGACAAGACUUAAAAGUUUGUAACAACUUCUUAAAGGGUCUUGGUACGUUGUGUUGGACACAAAACACAAUUUCAACAUAAUUUACAUUAAACUCACACAAUUUGAAGACAAUAUUCUAUAGAAAGC